CAGUAUAAAAGGCUCGAUAAAAGGCCACUGGAUCAAGACAUUUUAACGAAGUAAAAGAGGUAGUAGUCUGAAGAGAAAGUAUGAACGGAGAACAAUUUCGAGAAGUAGUGUUUACCGUUUCUCAAAGCCUGAGGCCAGACGAGAGCCAUGAUAUUGCUUACAUAAAUAACUUGCCAGAAAAGUUUCUGAAGGCACGUCCCAUUGAAGUCCUUAUGCAGUUGGAAGUAGAACAAAAAAUCUACCAGGACAAUCCAGAAUCACUAGCAAAGGUACUAGAGACAGUGAACAGACAUGACCUCGCUGGCAAAGUAAAGAAGGCGAUAAAAACCAUGAAAAAGAAGAAGAACCCCCAGAAUCCUGCUAACAUCUCUGAUCAUCUCCAAACGCUCCACGUUGAGUUGGCACUCUCAAAAAUGCAGAUAGAAUAUGCAACACAUCGCAUACGCCUCUUAAAGAAAAACUUCCAUCACAUCUCUUCUACUAAUGCUAUCAACUUUCAGUCAGCGAUUGAUUGUUGCAGCAAGGCAAGCCAGUCACUUACAUUGAUUCAGAAAACACUGAAGUCUGAGUCUGAUGGCUCCAGCUCCGAUGAAGAACCAGCAUUAAAUUCAUCAGGAUCCCUACAUUCUCUGAAUUCUCUAGCAAAAAAGGAGAAAGAAAUGUACCAGGAGAGAAUGACAGAAGAAUGUAAAAGGCAUUUAGCUCCCAUCCCACUGCCAGGCUUAACUAAAGAGUGCACCACCAGACCACCCAGCACACGUCACGAUCAUUAUGACGAUAUUGAGCCAAGGGACAGAACAGUGUCUGUCUCAAGCAUGAAUGACAGCGGAUUUGUAGACGUUUCACCAUUUUUAAAAACAAAAACAAAGCCACAAGACAAUGAACUAGAUGACGAAGCAAUAUACGAAGAGCUGGGACCAGCACCUGAUGAAAGAGCCAGGCUCCAAACUCCAGUGGAGAAUGGAGACAACGAAGGUGGCUACAUGAAGCUCACACUUUGCAAUGUUCCUAAAAGCGAAUACACAAAGAUAAAUAUGCAUACGAGAUAUCUUCCAGCUCGAUUUCCUGGGCAAGUAAACAAAAAGACUUGCUGUGGAACACCAGAAGGGGAAGAUGAAGACCACCUUUAUUGUGAGGUUCAAUAUGGAGGAAUACAUACAAGCUGAAAUUUACACACAACAUGACAAUUAAAUGCAC